UGACCAUUGUCUCUCUCUCAUCUUUGCUUUCUCGUUUGCUCAAAGACAUCAACACAACGCUCUGCUUGUAUGCCUUACUGUCUUUCUUUCAUCAUGAAGUCAAAUCCAGGGCUGUAUGAAUUGGAUUCGAAUUAUCCUGUGCCAAAUGGAGGUUCUUCUUGCUUGAAUAUCUACGAGCUCUAUCAAAUCGAACAGUAUGAAGCACAGGAGUUAUUCGAGUUCGAGCAAUAUAUCAAGAUCAUUCAGUUUGCUGAAGCUGUGCGCUCUGGAACUCAUCCUAGAGUCAAAAUUCUUCCUCAACCUAACACCACAGCAUAUACGACGUUCAGGGUUUGUUACUCUAUAGUCAUUGAAUACGCUUGCUAAUAUACUUUUGCACUUCAGGCACCCAAAACUCCUAGACAUGAAGAUACCGAGUCAGUAAACAUCGGGAUUGUGGAGGCCGAUACAGCGAAUGAUUUGAAUCUCACGCAAGAAAAAUGUAAAAAGAGGAGCCGAAAGAAGAAAUGCUAUCUUGGCCAGAUCGGUAAGAAGCACGAGGAUCUGCCUGAAGCACGAUAUAUUUUGAAACCAUAGUGCAUUCGCUUAGAGCGAAUGAACUGCCGUGGCAAGAAUGCACCUCAUGGCAGAUCUGUUGAUCCACAGUCAGCCCCUACAGGCGAUUCCUUUUGAGAACUCUCUACAGUGAUAGAAGUCACUUCUACGGCGAUUGUCCCAAAUGUCGGUGGCUGCACAAAAUGCGCGGCUAGUACUUCCGGUGAGAUUGUUGUAGUGGAAAGAACUGCAAAAUUUAGCUCGAUGUUGGCUAUAACACCUAUUGAGAAAGUCGAAGAUAUCGCUCAAACGAAUCAAAUUGUUACAGGUAACUCCAUUCCUGAAUUAACGUCGCAGGCAUUUUCCAUUAGUAACCUGCCACUUCAAAACAAAAACAUUAACCAGAAUUUCCAAUCCUCAACUGCCUCUCUCAUCCCUACUACAGUACAGCACAAGUUAAUUCAGGCUCGCAAAAUUCAAGCACACCGUGCAGUCGUCGAGGAGAAAAAGAUUGAAGCACAACAGUCGGUUCAUGCGCAAGAGCAAAGUGUUACAAACCCAGAUCAUAUUGAAAGGCAGCGCCAAGCUACCCAAGAUCAAGUAACUCAAAAGCUACGCGAGCAGAAAAUCGACAUCGAAAAGCAAGUUGAUGCGCAACGUGUAGCAGUUGAAAGAUCUUUGGGCCUGGAUAAAGCUCCUCCAACUGUUCCUCGGAUUCCAUUAGGUAUGGCUCCCCGCGUGAUGACAAGCCCAUUUUUAAAUAGCUUAGUCGCUACCCCACUACUAAAUUCACGUUUGCAGACUGGAUUAAACGUGUGUUCUCCUCCGGUGCUCGGUGAACUUGCUAAGGUUCGGGGAUCUGCUUUGCAGCUGCUAGGAAGCAACAAGCAGAAUCCAGCAAAGAAGAAGCAGAGGGUUAGAGACAACGAUUGUUGAGAAGCACGAGUGAGGUUCGGAGUAAUAGAAGUAAUAGUGCGAAAGGAAAUGGAUGAAGAGGAGGGUGAAAGAGUAAUUGAGUGUGGAGGAGAAGUGAAAAAGGACGGGACAGAAAUUGGUGGUUUCGGGGAGAACUUCGGGAUAUUAAAGAUUGAUAGAGAUAUAUAGACUUGGGUAGAGAUGAGGCAAAAAUAAAUGCCAAGGGGUAAAAUGGUGGAAAGAAGCGCAAGACGAAUUCUCACCGUCUUGCCAAAGUCAAGAGCGCAACAUAGUGGGACAAGACUCGCAAUAAGAUGCGUGACGCAUUUUUGGAGAGUUAAAUGUCCAAUAAAUGAUAGUGUAUAC